UACUUGGGGUUCCCACUUCCACUUCAACACAUUCUCACACUCUCUUGUUUUUUUCACUUUCCUGGAAAAUCUCUCCAAGAAUAUCCCACCAAGUUUUUGUUUUUUUUGUUCUAUUGCUCUCUGUUAAAUGUUUCAACUUUCCCAGAGAAUUUCAGUUCUUGUUAAUUAACAAGAAAUACCCACUUCUCUCUUAUCUGUUUCUCGGUUAAAAAUUUCAACUUUUCCGGAAAGCUUUUUCAUUUUCUUGCUAACAUUCACACUCUCUUGUUUUUUUCACUUUCCUGGAAAAUCUCUCCAAGAAUAUCCUACCAAGUUUUAUUUUUUUAUUUUUUUGUUCUAUUGCUUUCUGUUAAAUGUCUCAACUUUCCCAGAGAAUUUCAGUUCUUGUUAAUUAACAAGGCAUACCCACUUCUCUCUGAUCUGUUUCUCCGUUAAAAAUUUCAACUUUUCCGGAAAGCUUUUUCAUUUUCUUGCGAAUUUACUAUAAUCUCAAAAGAUUCAAUGUCGACAAGAGAGGUCUCAGCUAUGAUCAAACAAGGCUUUAUUUCAGACCAAACACUCUCAUUUUCUCCGUCAAGAACCACCGCAACACCAUCAAGACUCUACUCUCCUUCCUCUUCGCCACCACCAGCAUCAACGCAACAAUCCCAUCCCCAACUCACCGAGUCAAUUCGACACAGUCAUGCUCAACCAACCCACCACCCAACUCUCUUCGAAAUGAUGUCCCAGGAACAGAUACACGAGACCAACAAACCCAUCAAAUCCCAAUCAAGAAUCUUUAAACUUUUAUCAGACUUUAGAAAUCCUAAAGGCCCUGGUAAUGGUUUGAGUUAUGUUGAGCUGGGACCAGGUGAUGUGAGGCUCACAGUGGUUGGUAAAGAUGGGUUUAGAGUGUGCAUGGAUGUGCACAAGAAAAUUUUGGCUGAAAAGAGCAGGUUUUUUGCCGAAAAAUUGGCGAGAAAAGAUAAAGAAAACAGAGAGAUUUUGCAUACGGUGGAGAUAAGCGAGUGUGAUGAUGUGGAGGUGUAUGUGGAAACAGUGGUGUUGAUGUAUUGUGAGGACUUGAAGAAGAGACUGCUUGGUGAGGAUCUUGACAGGGUCUUGGCUUUGCUCAAGGUCUCUGCCGCAGUCAUGUUUGAUACUGGAAUUAUGUCAUGCUUGGAGCAUUUGGAAGCUGUUCCAUGGUCCGAGGAUGAUGAAGAGAAAGUCAUAUCCGUUCUCAGUGAACUUGAUCUUCAAGACUCUGCAGCUGAAGUUCUGCAGCGACUAACAUCUGAACCAUCAACAUCUACUAGAGCUGAUGACAUCUUCUUGAAACUGCUGAGUGGUGUUCUACAAGCCAAAGAUGAUAAAGCCCGUCGAGAGAUGAAAACUGUAAUUUCUCGUUUACUUAAAGAAGAUGCAUCUGGCUAUGACAAUGUCUCUAAAGAUACCCUUUAUAGUCUCUGCCAUAGAUGUCUUAGUUCUCUGAUCCUCUGCUUAUCAGAAGCUACAGGUAUAGAUGAUAGCAGACGGGAUAGAGGAGUUUUAAUGGCGGAAAUAGCUCGAGAAGCUGACAAUUUGCACUGGAUUGUUGAUAUCCUAAUUGACAAGAAAAUAUGUGAUGAAUUUGUUAAAGUAUGGGCAGAUCAAAAAGAGCUUGCCAUUCUUCAUUCUAAGAUUCCUACCAUGUAUCGACAUGAAAUUAGUAGAAUCACUGCCCAACUAUGUAUUGCGAUUGGCAGAGGACUUAUCUUGGUGCCAAAAGACACCCGGUCUUCUUUGCUAUCCACAUGGUUGGAAGCUCUAUAUGAAGAUUUUGGAUGGAUGAAAAGGGCUUGUAGAUCUGUAGAUAGGAAGUUGGUUGAGGAUGGUCUGAGCCAGACAAUUCUUACCCUGCCAUUGCUACAACAGCAGGCUAUUUUGCUUAAUUGGUUUGACCGGUUUCUUAAUAAAGGGGCUGACUGUCCCAAUAUUCAGAAAGCAUUUGAGAUCUGGUGGAGAAGAGCUUUUAUUAGGCAAUAUUCGGCCGAGCAGGAUAGCUCCCAUUUGCAAAUAACUGUUUGCGAUUAUCCAAAAUAAACGGUAUGUCAAACAAUCUACAGAAAGUUAAAAGCAUAUUUGUACAUAUGAAGUGACAUUCUUUUUACCCAUAAAUUUCUCUUUUUUAGAUCCAUUUGGACUUGGGUUUCUAUUUCUUGUGAAUUUUAUAUUUUAUAUGCAGAGAGGCCUUGUAACAUGUAUGGAUAAGAGCAUUGGAGAUCAAUAAAUUUUGUAAGUUAUAUUUGCUUUAUUAUGUCGUUGUUUUUGUAUUAUAAACUGCACAAAAAGAAAAAGCUCGUGGCCUCUCAAUGCUUGAGAAUGUAUAUUCUGUGUAAAUAUCUAGAGGUGGUGGCAGACGAGAAAGAUUACAUGUAGUGGGUGUCAUGGCACUGGCAGACUGAAAUGGACCUUAAUUGUAGAGCUGCAUAAGAUUGGCUCUGCAAAAUUAUGGUUCUUUAUCUGAGUGAAUUUUGCUUGGAAGAUUUGUUCAGAAAGUGCCAUUUUUUAAUCAAAUUCAGAAACCUGUCAUAAGGAGCAGCUCAUGUACA